AUGGACUGGAAACGAAAGAUCUGGCUGAGUGCGGGAUUUGCCAUCUUCACGGGCGUUACACUACGUGUGUCGUAAGUUGGGGGACAGACAUGCGGGAUGGGUAAAAUUCACACAGUCCCGAACGUAACCUGCCAAUUAUAUUAUCGUAUGCAAAGUAUAUUACAAGGCAAACAAAACCAUAAAAUACAGAAUUUUGUAUUUUAUUGACUUCAUCCGUCUUCAGCCUAUUCGUUCAAGAAGCCCCCUCCAUUUACCAGCACAAGCCAGGGAAAUGCAAGCACCUUCCUCAAUUCGGUAACCCAAUCCCGUCCCAAACAAUGCCACGCAAACUUUUAGAGAACGGCGUCCUCACCGUGACCGAGUCGAGAACACUGAACGUGGCCCUCGCCUUCCAUGCCGUCCACAAAAAUGUUCGAGUGCACAUAAUUCCGUUGAAAGAGACAAAAGAAAAUAUGAAUAACAUAAGCCUGCAGGAACUCUAUGUAACGGAAUGGAAGGAUUCUGAGGUAAGGAUUACAAAAAGGGAUUCCGGAAGAGAAAAGACAAGAAAACGUGACUUUGGCGUGUGGUCGGUUUUCAUAAAUUCGACAGGCCUGUUACGGGGAUGACAGGAAUUUGUUUGGAAAGUAAUAAAUGAAGCAAAGAUAAGCUAACUAAAUGAUGCGCCGUGGUCGUAAAACUCAUAAUCUGCAAUACGAUAACUCCUAACUUUGCUGACUAAAACACGGCUUUUUGUUUAACGCAUGAGUAACUGAAACCCUAAACUUAGAACUGCAUAAAUUUGUGAGACAUUUCUAGAGUCACGCCCAAAUAAAACAUCCAUGAAAAGACAUCCGACCGAGCUCCGUCUCUAAUCCGACGACGUGACAAGGCAGUCCUAAUAAGGUCUAUUUACAGAGAUUCCAUCCAAUUUCCGCCCAUAUCCACGUGGAGGGAUCGCUCUCUCAGAACAAGUACCGAGCGUUCGUUUAUGUGCUAAAUAGGCAAAGCGAUAAAACUUCGGUGGAAGUGUUCGAGCUCAGACUUCAGAAACUCGCUCUUCUCCAUCUGCAAACAAUCGAAGAUGCUACCUUUGACGGGUACUUUGCAUUUUAUUACCCUUACCUCAUUAAUCCCUUUCUCUAUAUUUCCUGUCUCUUCCGUAUAAUCAUAUUUUACAGUUCAACGGAUAUAUCGGUGUUAUCGCCGGGUCGUUUCGUUCUUGUGAAGCCCCAUUACUUCUCUAAUCCCUAUCUCCAGGUUCUGGAGGUCCUUUUCUAUCGAGGUUAUGGGCAAUUAUUAAUGUACAACGGGAAAACAACAGUGUCGUUAGAACGGUGAGAUGACAAACGAUCGGCAUAAUUCUUUCCAGAGGCUUACAAGGUCCCACUUCUCUGUUCCAUGACCCCCAGACUUCUCGAAUUUUCCUAGGACUUAAGUAUUCUAGAGUAAGUCGGGGUAAAUAGAGUAAAGUGGAAGUCGAGAAUCAUAAAUCUCUAUGCAACUAAUUCCAGGAGAUUCUGGUAUAUGAGUUAAGAAAAGAUUUCACGCUUAUUCCCAUUACAACCAUCGGAAUUAUGAGUUCUCCGACCAAAAUCAUAAGUGAUGACAAAGAUCUCUGGGUGGGAGCUUCACCUGCAGGGCAUAUUUGGAGCGACAAAAGUAAUUCCAGCCAUAUUUUGAGAAUACGAUUUCAGGUAAACAAAAAUUCACAAUGCAAACUUUUAAACUAAAAACAAAGUCAUCAGAAAUAAUAUAACUUGUUAUCUCACAGGACGACGCUGUGCAAAGUUGGGUAAUAACGGAAUCAUUCGCUUCAACGAGUGCCUUAUGGAGUAAGAUCAAUGGCCUUAUAAUAACAAAAAAUGGAUUCUUGAUAACCUCUGCCCAAACUGCCGCCUUUUGUAACAUCGCCGACCUCGCUCUUGUAUGA